GCCGGGAGGCUCCUCGGGGCGGCGAGCUCCGCCCCCUGCGACGCCGGCGUGCGCGUCCCCGGGCGGCCGCGGGAGUGCGGCUGGCUGGCCCUGCGCUCCGAAAUGGCGGCGCCCGGCCCGGAGCCCGACGCGGAGCUGGAGGAGCUGCUGGCGAGCGCGCUGGAGGACUUCGAGAGGGCCGCGCCGGCGCCCGGGGACCCCGCGGGAGACGGCGGCGCGGAGCCGCCGGGGCAGGCGGGCCAGGGCCGCCUCCUCGCCGCGCAGGAGACCUUCUUCCAGGAGCUCUUCGAGGGCGAGCUGGCCUCGCAGGCGAGCGCCGAGUUUGAGCGGGCCAUGGAGGAGCUGGCCGCCGAGGAGCCGCUGCUCGUGCAGCAGUUCCAGAAGCUCUCCGAGGCCGCGGGCAGAGUCGGGAGCGAUCCCUCGUCCCGGCAGGAGUUCACCUCCUGCCUGAAGGAGACGCUCAGCGGCUUGGCCAGGAACGCCGACGGCUUGCAGAGCUCCGGGGUGUCCGAGGAGGAGCUGACCAAGACUAUGGAGGGCCUUGGCCUGGAGGAGGGGGGCGGCAGCGAAGGAAGCCUUUGGCCCAUGAUGCAGAACAUUAUGCAGAAUCUCCUUUCCAAAGACGUUCUCUACCCGUCCCUCAAGGAAAUUGCAGAGAAGUACCCCGAGUGGCUGCAGAGGCACCAGGACUCCUUGCCCAAGGAACAGUACGAGAAGUACCAGGAGCAGCACAGCAUCAUGGGGAAGAUCUGCCAGCAGUUUGAGGCAGAGCUGCCGACGGAUGGCGACGCGGAGCACAGGGCCCGCUUCGAAAUGGUCUUGGACUUGAUGCAGCAGCUCCAGGACCUGGGACACCCUCCCAAGGAGCUUGCGGGAGAGUCGCCUCCUGGCCUGAACUUCGAUCUCGAAGGACUGAAUCUGCCGGAUGCUGGAGGCGAGCAGUGCCAGAUUAUGUGGCACAAGGAGCUCUGCAGUUUAGAGUCUGUAAUUGGAGCCGCCCCUUCCCUUGAGCCCCAGCAGGUUGUGGUCUCCGAAUUGGAGAGCCAGAGGCCAUAUUUCAAUGAUGCCAGAACAGCCCGCGAACAGGCUGCCUGGGAAGAGGGCGAGAUGGGGGAAGAGGCUGCCCCCAGGGCAAAGUCCCAGGCUCCAGAGCCGCCUAAGGCUUGUUUCGGCGAACCCGAGUCAAGGGUCAGCAAGUUUUGGAGGUUUGCCCAGCGCUCGCGAAGUGCGUGGAUGAGGGUGCCCAGAAGCAGAGGCCAGCUGUCAAAGGUCGCGCUGUUCCUGCUGCAAACGAGUAGUGGGGGAGAGGCCUGUCUGAACGGUUGGGGUCCAGCCUGGGGAGGGGUAUCCGCGUUCCCACGUAAACACCUGGGCAGGAGCUCCGCGGGAGGUUUAGCUCUACGGAGCCUCCGGGGUCCCUUCCGCCAGCAACCAGGGGCCUCUCUAUGGUUCUUCCUGCCCCGCCUCCGUCCGGAGGGCGCCGCUCUGGGCAGGCGUUUCCAGGGCACUUCCAGGGCCGCCUGGUUUCCCCGCCUCUGCCGUAAAACCGCGGCGAAGGGCCGUAAAGCGCGGCUGUCGGGCAGAACGGCGGCCGCGGAGGAGGCGGAAGGAGACGCGCGGCGCCGGUUGGGAGACAAAAUGGCGGCGGCGCCUGGGCGUCCCGGGGGCAGCACCGGCGACGGGGCGGCGGGAGGAGGAGGAGGAGGAGGAGCGGGAGCCGCCGCCUCCGCCAGAGGUACCCGGGGAGGCCGGAGGGGGCGCUGGCCCGGCCCGGCCCUCCGGCGGCCGCGUCUCGGGCCGAGGGGGCCCGGUGCCCGGCCCGGCCCAGCCCCCCGCGCCGCGGCCCCGGCCGGAGCCUGGAGACGGGAGCGCCGGGCCUGCGUGCGGGGCGGCGGGGCCUCGGCCGCCUUUGCGGAGCUUCCUCGGGCGCCCUGCGGGAACGGAGGCCGCCCAGAGCGAAAGGGGGGGCGGCGCCCGGCCCGGUCCCGCGGUUGGGGGCGCGAAUGGCGACCGCGCAGCGACCCCCGGGCCGCCGCGGGCUCCGUAACGGCUGGAUGUGUGCAGGAGCAGCCGGGAAGGGGCGGCGGGGCCCUGCUCGCUUCCCGCUCGGCCGCCCGGGAGGGAGGGUCGGUGGGAGGCCCCCCGCCUUUCCACGAAGCGCGGCCAAAGUUGGGGGGGUCGCUCUUGCUGCCGUUCGGGCGAUACGGAAUUACUGCCCCAGUUCCGCAGCGCCAGUUCCCAGAUACUCCCGAGCCAUCGCCGACAGAAGAGAGGCGGCAGGAGGGGCGAGUCUCACCGCUGGGGGUGAAUUCAGGGGAAAAAAGCAAGAUGUCAGACGCGGGGAAUAGCACAGAUGGGAAAACUGAUACGCCUAACGGGAGCCUGUCCAGCAGCCCGGAAGAGAUGUCUGGAAACACGGAGGGGCCGGAGACGUCUUCCGGGGUGGAGGUGGAAGCAUCUGACCUGAGCCUCAGCCUCACGGGAGACGAGGCGGGGCCUGGCCAGACCUGCACGGAGAGCUCUGCCGAAGAAAAGGACUCAGACAGCAUGGAGGACACCGGCCACUACUCCAUCAGUGAGCUGAACCGGACCUAUGACCGCUCCCACUCGGAGGAAGAGGAAGAGGAGGGGGGGGGCGAGGCAGCGGAGCGGCAGCCGGAGGAGGAGGAAAUGGAGGCCCUGCGCUCUUGCUGGCGGGCGCAGCGCAAGCGCCCCAACCAGGACAGGGACUCCUCGGACGACGAGCGGGCCCUGGAGGACUGGGUGGCCUCGGAGACGAUGGCGCUGCCCCUGCCCCACUGGCGGGCUGUCCGGGCACUGCGGGAGAGGGAGCUCGGCUCCAGCGCCCGCUUCACCUACGGCGCCUGCGGCGCCCAGGUCUUCGUGCAGCGCUUUUGCCAGCAGUACAGCCUGGAGGGCCACCGGGGCUGCGUCAACACCCUGCACUUCAACCAGCGUGGGGCCUGGCUGGCGAGCGGCAGCGACGACCUCAAGGUGGUGGUGUGGGACUGGGUGCGGAGGCAGCCGGUGCUGGAGUUCGAGAGCGGCCACAAGGGCAACGUCUUCCAGGCCAAGUUCCUCCCCAACAGCGGAGACUCUACCCUGGCCAUGUGUGCUCGGGACGGCCAAGUCCGCGUAGCCGAACUCUCUGCCACCCAGUGCUGCAAGGCCACAAAGCGGGUGGCCCAGCACAAGGGUGCGUCGCACAAGCUCGCCCUGGAGCCAGACUCCCCCUGCACUUUCCUCUCGGCGGGCGAAGAUGCCGUUGUUUUCACCAUUGACUUGAGACAAGACCGGCCGGCUUCGAAGUUGGUUGUGACGAAAGAGAAGGACAAAAAAGUUGGUCUCUACACCAUUUACGUGGACCCGGCCAACACGCACCAGUUUGCUGUUGGGGGCAGAGAUGAAUACGUCAGGAUCUACGAUCAGCGGAAGAUUGAUGAAAAUGAGAACAACGGGGUGUUGAAGAAGUUUUGCCCCCACCACCUGGUGAACAGUGAGUCGAAAGCCAACAUCACCUGCCUGGUCUACAGCCACAAUGGCUCAGAACUCCUGGCCAGCUACAACGACGAGGACAUCUAUCUCUUCGACUCGUCCCACAGUGACGGAGCGGAAUACAUCAAGAGAUACAAGGGCCACCGAAACAACGCCACAGUGAAGGGCGUCAACUUCUACGGCCCCAAGAGCGAAUUCGUGGUGAGCGGCAGCGACUGUGGCCACAUCUUCCUGUGGGAAAAGUCCUCUUGCCGAGUUGUGCAGUUCAUGCAAGGCGACAAAGGCGGGGUGGUCAACUGCUUGGAGCCUCACCCUCACCUCCCGGUUUUGGCCACCAGCGGCUUGGAUUACGAUGUCAAGAUCUGGGCCCCCACUGCUGAGAGGCCCACCCAGCUCACCGGCUUAAAGGAGGUGAUCAAGAAGAACAAGCGCGAACGCGACAAGGACCGCCUGCAUCAGACGGACAUGUACGAGAGCCAGCUGCUCUGGUUCCUGAUGCGUCACUUCCGGCCUCGGCGGCGUCACAGGCACCCGAGAGAUCCGGACACCGGAGCAGCCGACAGCGACUCUGAGGACUCCCUCAGCUCAUCGGACACCUUGGACGAAGACGAGGAGGGCCCGGAUCGGGUGCAGUGCAUGCCUUCCUGAGGCCCCUGGAGAGGAGGACAAGGCCGUGGGGACGCUUGGAGGGCGGAGAGCGUGCCCUGUUGAUUCAGCCACCCUUCCUCCUGCUUUAGAUGCGAGGCCUGCCCCUCGCCCUGCCCGCCAGCCCUAGUUGGCAGGGAGAUGGGCUUGGCGCGGCUCCCGCCCUCGGACACCGCUCUCGCAGCUGGGGGGGGCGGUCCUGGCUCCCCCCCCUCCCUUUCAGCCUUUUUCUUCUCGGCGCCAGAUUUCCCAGAGGCAGGGCGGCUGGAUGCCUCGCUGCAGUUGCCACCCAUUCCCUGCGAAGGUUCUUUGGGGUGGGGGGUGAACUGGCCUGGUUCCCCUCCUUUCCUUGAGGGGGGGCCUCCAGAGGCAUCUUGGGGAUGUCCUUCCGUCCCUCUCCCCUCCCAGAGACACCACCGCUGCAUGUUGCUUCCAGGCUGAGCAAACUUGGACCCUGCUUUUUCAAUGAAAAUUCGGGAGCUUUGUUUCCCCGUUUUUCUUUUUUCUUUUCCCUUUGGUUCUUUCUUUUGCUGUGUUUCUUCUUCAGCAGCUCUAGGCACAAAGGGCCUCCCUCGGGCAUCUUUGUUGUCAAGAACACCCAUUUGCUGAACUCUUUGGAGCAUAAAGUUUAAAAGGUUUGAACGCAGAGGGCUCAAACCCGGCAGCUCCCCCCGGCCUUUAAGCGGGGGUGGGGGGAGUUGUGCCUGCGAGGAAGUUGCUCCGGCACCCCAGCUUGGCCAGAAGAGUUGCUUUUUCCUUCCUCUUAAGAAUUAUCUAUUGGUUUUGAAAGCAACUUUUUUUCCCUGAUUGCUGUUUAGAGGCCUAAUUUUAUAUGUAUUAAACAAGACAAGAACCAAAUUAAACUUGGAUGUUAUCAAGUUAAAAUUAUUGUAAAAGUUUAAAUAUAUAUAUAUAUAUAUUAUAUAAAUGCAAUAAACGAAUUGAGAGAGACACCCAGUGGCAU